AAUCUUCAAUCUGUCACUAUGAUCUGUCACCCAUCAUGGUUGUCUUCAUCUAUGUUCAUAACCCAUUAACUCAUUAAAUGCAAUAUCCACUGUUGCAUGUGAUUUAAUAGAAAAAUAAUAUUUGAUUCCUUGACGUUUACAGAAAAGGUGCAAUUUUACACGCUUGAAAAUUCCAGUCGGAAAGGAAAUGUCUAAAAUAUCCACAGGAGCCCCACAAUACAAGGGCAUAGGCGAUCAUCAAAAAUACCUAUUCAGGAUUACCAAGACUUUGUACUAUGGAAAAUUGCCAAAGACUGAUAGGUUAAGCCUGCCUUUAACAGAAUUGGCUGCCGAACUCUUCUCCAGUGUGCAAAAAGGUAAAACCAUUGACCGGCUGCACCUCGAUACAGCAACGCAAAUAUCCAGAAAUGCGUGUGUCUCGCCCUGUUCCUUAGUUCUGGCCAUGCUGUACUUUGAACGAUUGAAACGCUGCAAUGUUGAUUAUUUAGAGCGAACUUCACCCUCCGAUCUGUUUCUGGUGUCUUUAGUGAGUCUAUUUGGUGACACCGUUAAUGUAUUUCAGGUGCUCAUUGAAUGGUUUCAGAUGGUGUCUUCAAAGUAUCUUUUCGACGAUGGGGAAUCUGAUGAGGUGUUUAUGGACGAAUGGGCUGCGUCUUCUGAAAUGACCUAUAAGGAGUUGGGGAAACUGGAACGGGAUUUUCUGGCUGCAAUAAAUUGGGAGUUAUUUGCUAGUUCACCGGCUUUUUGGAAAAAACUGAAUGACAUAGAAGCGCAACUGGCUCUCAAACAAGGAACUUCCAGAGGGUGCUUCACGUACACUGAACUAGAAACAUUAGGAAAUAUAUUGUCUAAAGAUUUCCACGACGUAGUUCAAACCUUUGUGAUAGUGACGGUCGUUUUAGCAGCAACCUACACUGCCGCCUUACUCAUGAUGUUUGGAUCAGUAGUUCUGGCAGGUUCAAUUCGAGUUACCAAUUUAUAUCCCGAAACAAAUGUUCUUCCAAUUGCCAACCACUCGGUUAUUGAAGAUAUUCAUCUUUCAUCAUCAGUGGUUAAUGAUUCGAAAAAGUCCUUUAACUAUGAUAUAGUCAAGGUGUUUAAAGCGAGCAUUCUAUUGGCUUCUAUUAAAACUGAACCUACGCGAAAUUAUUCAAAAGGAUUGACUGCUGCAGGAAUGGAAAAUUGUCAAAAUGUUGGGUGGGACUGGUGGAAUACUCCUGUAAUGAACUGGUUGGCUCAGACGUCUCAGUUGGUUAAAACCCUGGAAAUUCCUGUAAUCAGCAGCGGCAUGUUUUACUUUGAAAGCACAUGGACUAAUGAGAAGUUUGCCUAUUUAGAGGACCAUAUUAGGAGAGCCACGAAAACCCGACUGCAAGAUCAGCUGGAACGGUCUUGGCAUGUGGAGUGGAUUGACACUAUACAACAGCGUCUAGCUUACAACUAUUUCACCUGCAUCCAUAUGUAUUGAGCGCUUAUUUUUUGAGGCCACUAACAGUGUCUUUGCUUUACUUAUUCACACACAUUUAUUUCCGAAUGACUAUAAAAAUGUUUUCUUAAGUAAA